AUGGACGAAACGUACGAGUCGUUUCUCCGCCUGUUGGACAACUCGCAGUUGCUCGACCAUAUCCAGGGCUUGAGCCAGGGAAAGGAGAAGAACUGGUCGUUUCAUGGCACUUCUACACCUACUGCAAGAAAGCUGGGGUCGCUUCGCUCCACGGAGUCGAACCCUUUUGAUGACGAUUUGGAUGACGUUCUACUAGGUCUCAACCAGGGGGAUCCUGUGAUGGAGAUUACAGAACACACUGACGACGAUGGGGACGCUGGAGGUGGUGAUGAGGACGAAGAGGGCGACGACUGGGUACCGGGAAAUCAGUUGAUGAACCAAGCAGAGCACGAGCUACCGGAGGAACCGGGUGAAGAAGACGAUGAAGAAGGCGAAGAGCCUCAGGAGUCGAUGUUUGCCGACGUGGGGCCGCUUCACGAGUUCGGCGAUUUCGGAACAUACUUCCAGAACAAGCACCUCAAGCAGCAGAAGGCUGACGACGCGUACAUUGAGUGGGAGCGAAAGCGGCGUGCUGCUGCCGGCGAGCCAAUCGAGGGGGAGAAUAUUUUUGCCGGUUGCGUUGUGUUCGUUAAUGGAAACACAGUACCCUCGAUGGGGGUCAUCCACAAGUUGGUCAUUCUCCACGGAGGCACCUUCCUCAGCUACCUCUCCAGCAAAGGCGCCGCCACGCACAUCGUGUGUGACAGGCUCACGCCGAGAAAACGGAUUCAGUUUAAGAACUAUAAGGUUGUAAAGGCCCAGUGGGUAGCAGAUUGCGUCAAGGAGAAGAAGCUCCUUAAUUGGCGUGACUAUAGACUUAUUGACGAUAUUGACUAUGAUCAGCAACGGCUAGGCUUUGCUGUGGCAGAAACAUCAUAUGACAAGCAAGAUGAGUUUCCAGACAUCGAAGAGGCCGACGAAGAGGGUGACGAGGAUGCCGCCGAGGAGGCAGCAUUGCAGGAGGAGAUUGUCGCCGAGACUACUGCUGUUUCUCCCGAUCUUCCAGAUACCACCGUAGCUGAAGCUGUUGAGCCUGCAAUGCUUGACCCACUUGAAGGCCCAGCUCAGGACAGACCCAUCGACCUCAAUUUGGCACAAGAAAGAUCGCAUACUUCAGCGAUGGAUGCAAAGCAUCCAGACUUUCUUAAGCAUUUCUUUGCCAACUCCAGGCUUCACCAUCUAAGUACAUGGAAAGCUGACCUUCGGGCUAGGUUCUUGAGAAUGGUUGCAAAAGAUACUCUUCAGAAUAAUCCAAAUGCGGCCAAAAAUACUAAAACGGAACUUCCCGAUGACAGCGUUGUGCUUCAUAUCGACUUUGACUGCUUUUUUGCCCAAGCAUCAGCACUAGGCCAUCCUGAACUUGACCUAGCCACAGAUCCCGUCGCCGUGUCGCAUGGCGGCAAGUCCUCCGAUGUAGCGAGUUGCAAUUACGUUGCUCGUAAACUGGGGGUGUCUAAUGGCAUGUGGCUUGGAAGAGCGAAAGAUCGUUGUCCCCACUUGAAAGUUAUCGACUACGACUUCAACUCCUAUGAGAAAUUUUCGAAUUCCUUUUACAACUAUUUACUAUCGAAAAAGGUAUUUGAUUCAAUUUUCCCAGUGCUGAUCGAUGAAGUCUUGGUGGAUGCUACUUCUCAUUGUAGAGGUAAAGAUGCUGGUUUCAUCAAGUCAUUCUGCGAAGAAAUAAGAGCUGACAUCUACGGCCUCGUGAAGUGCACUGCCUCAAUUGGUGCAGCAGCAAACGUCUUGUUGGCAAAGUUGGCCACCAAAAGAGCAAAGCCCAAUGGUUACUUCCACCUUCAUGAAGACGUCGAAAGUUAUCUCGAAGACUGCAAAGUCACCGAUCUUCCUAAUGUUGGCUGGAGUAUUGCUGAUAAGCUAACGAACGAACUCAAUUUGGAUGUCCAUCCAAAACAGCUAUUAAUUAAGGAAAUUAAACACCUCUCUCUGCAGCGUCUAAGUACUGUCUUGGGCGAAAAGAUUGGUGCUAGGGUCUACGAGAUGUGCAGAGGUAUUGACAAGACUUCGAUCACGCUCGACCUAAGUAGUAGCGAAGCUCUUCUUGGAAGGAAAACCGUGUCGGUGGAUGUCAAUUUUGGAAUUCGGUUUGACAAAUUUGAGCAAGCUGAAUACUUUCUCAUGCAGCUAGCAAGAGAGCUCCACACUAGACUCCUUGCCUUGGGAGUUUGUGGAUCUGUGUUGACGCUAAGGCUCGCUCGAAGAGCUCCUAAUGCACCAAAGAACCCUCCCAAAUUUUUGGGUCUUGGUCUCUGUGACUUCUUUAGCAGAUCAUCCAGAAUGGGUGUCCCAACUAACGAUUGGGGUAUCCUUGGGUCAGAGAUGAAAGCUCUUUUUCGAGUCAUGAAUAUUCCAGUUGAAGAUCUUCGUGGUAUUGCAGUCAGUUUGGGAAAAUUGGAGGAUAUAGAGGCUGUCAAAAAACAAAGGCAGCAACGUCUCGAGUUUAACAGACCCAAAGCUCGAAAGCCUGCAAAGCCUUUACAGAACUCUCAACUAUUUGAGUAUGCUGACACUGUCACAAACAGCGAGUCCAUCGAUUGGGAUGUCUUCAACACACUUCCUGACGAUAUCAGAAGGGAGUUGAAGAAAGAGCUUUUGCGAAGGGGCAUACCAGUCUCUGGAAAAGAGGCAAGUCCUGUCAAAAAGGGCUCCACCGGGAGUCCGGUAGGCAAGGUAUAUCUUCAACAAUUAUUCCCAACACAAACUAAUGGUGAUUUCAAGAUUGCUCGAGUUGUUGAAUCACCCAAGAAGAAGAGGAAAUUGGGGAUUUCACCUAAAAAAUCGACAUCGCCAGCUAAAGCACCCAGGUCACCGACUCCUUACAAUGAUACAGUGUCAUACGAUGAAGAAGUAUUGGGUGAGAUCCCCACGCUCAUCAGAGAAGAGUUUUUUAAAGACUUGGCAUGGCAAAAGAAAAACAAAAAACUCAAUCUGGUGUCUUUGAGGGCCAAACUUGAGCAAAAGAAGGAGAACCUUAAGGCCAUAGGUGAUAGUGAGAUAACUUCCGAAUGGGUAAAUGCUCAGCCAAGAGCUUUAGUGAUCGAGGGCCUAGGAGGUCAGCAGUUUGAACUUUUUGGUAUCCUUGAACAGGUUCAAGAGUGGGUCAGACUGUCUCUCGAGCAUCAGGGACCACAUCCUGAUGACAUUCAGAUGUUCAGCGACUUUUUAAUGAGCUUAGCAUCCCAGGGAAAUAUCAGCGCAUGCACAAGAAUCUUAUCAACUAUUGAAAAAGAGAUUGAACUCCAUAACACGAUGUUAGGUGUGUGUUCGAGCCUGCAAGCAGACACAAUUGCUUCAGGGAUAUCGGACUGGCGCAAGAGAUAUGAAGAGGACCUCAAGCAUGGCCUUGUGAACUUUCUUUCACUUAAGAACAUUGAAUUACGACUUUGA